AAAGCCGAGGUCUCGCCUCAACGAACACCAGUACACCCAACUGGACAGCGUCCGAACAUUUCAGCCUGUACCGUGGUCAUUAAUUGUGUUGCUAGCUUGCUGUGCAUUCGACUUGUUUUGCCGUGUUAUUGUUUGCUGGACAUUUAGUAUAAAAUAUGGAGCAUCACCUCCUAGGGUAUUUUGUCAUCGUCGCCUGCGCAGCCAUCGCCACUGCUGCCCCAUGAGCGGUUAUGAGUCCCGCGUUCUCGAACUUCCGACAUGCGUACAGUACCAAAUCUCUCCGUGUAAGAUCAUCAUGGCGCAUCCUGAGGCCCCAGAGGCGAUUCUGAUUGAAAAUUCUCGCAACGACAGACCCAUUUGCACAUGCGCAGGGGAAGCUUCCUGUCCUCACGUUUGGGGAGAAGAUCCAGAAAGAACCAUAUCGUUUUACAUCAAGUUAAGCGGGCGUCAGACGAGCGUUCAGUAUAAAUUUUGUGAACAGGUCGUCGAAGAACGGUCAUGCACUGACAACGAAAUAGUUGCCUCCCUUGGCGGAACCGGUCUUCUACCCGUGGAAUUAGAGGCCAAAAACUGUCGGUGUAAUACGAGCGAGCCCCUGCAUCUAGCCAAAACUGUCGUUUCCGGAUUUAGACGAAGACAUGACUUCGUGUGUUCUAUGCCAACAUGUGAUGUAAACCGUAGUGAGCCUCACCAGUGUAUGACACUCAACCGAGCAAAAAACUCUCGUUCAGAGAGUUGGGAGUACUCAUGCGAAUGCCCAGAAGACUUCCGGUGUACCGUUGACCCCGAUGACCUAAGAAAUUCUUCCGGUAACGAACCUAUUUCCGGAUAUUGCCGAAGGCUGUGAACCUGUUCGAAAAGUGUUUGACGGACUUCAAAUUCUUCCGGUUGUGCCCAUGAGUUCCUUCCGGCUGAAAUCUUUUGCUCAGGUUUGGAUUGGCUGAGACAUUAUUGUACAGGAAACCAAGCUCGCCAAGUCUUUCGCUCGGCCCCUUAUCGCAAUACAAAAUCAUAAAGCCACAAACCACAAGUAUAAAUCCGAACUACCAGUAUUAAUUUCCAAGUGAAUGACCCACUUUUUAUAUGAAAUAAAUUUACGAUAUUUUAUACAUAAAUGUGGUUACUAGUCACGUCAACAAGAGAUACAUUUGAUACGUUUCAUAUUUACCAGUGUUAACCAUCAUGUUUUGUAUGCACGUACACAUAGGCUGUCUCCCGGACACACACAAUGUUUUUCCAUUUAUAUGUACCAUUGAGUGUAUAUAUUAAAAUACAUGAACACUGUCAUUUAUUUAUUGGUAAUUGUUGGUCGCGCAAUGCUACACUGAUUGAGGAUUUAUAUUGUAUUCUUGUAUAAACCAGGAUUCUGCCAGGUGGACUAAAACAUCACCGGGUGGACUAAGUAUCGCCGGGUGGACUAAGCAAUGCCUGGUCCCUUUGCAUUGUCUUAAUAUGACUGUACAUUAAAUGUGAUAACAAUACAGCAUUUCGAGUAAUUCUAGACCAGUCACGUGUAAUAAAUUGCAACAAACAUCGCUGCAUUAUUUUAUCUACUACUAACGUGUGGCUAGCAGGCGUGUGCUUUGCUACUUUUUAAGCAUGCUCGUUGUUACCGGUACAUUCUAGGCUUGUGAUAAAACUAAAUAUACCUACUUCUCUGAUAGUACCAUCUAAGAUAUGUCGAUCUUUGUUGAAUUAAAAUAAUUUUUAAAAAAUAUGUAGGUUGUUUUGUUUUAAAUUAUUUUAAGUGGCAAGGGAAAAGUUUGGCUUGCAUAAUUCGUGUAGUAAUGUACUUUGAUUAACGUUUGAAAAAGCCAUAACAUACAACAUUUGCACCUGUCAUCAAACUGUCUCAUUUACAAAUGAAGUUUCAGACCUAUUAUCAUGAUUAUCUAUUUACACGAAUUCCAGAACACAAAAUGUAUUUAAUUACCUAUUGUCAUAUUUUUGCACAUGUGUUUAUGUUCAUGGCAGUCACUCUGUAUCUAUAUUCCCCUUAAUGAGCGCGUUUUGAAUAACACACGAAAACUUUGCUAUUGUUUUAGUGUGUUUUAGAGUAGACAUUGAAUUUUAGCCGAUGGUUGAAGCUUUAUAAUUAUGUAUUAUUUGAUAUUUGCUGAUGUUUCUUUUUUUUUUUUGCUCUGUUCUCGUCAAUGUUCACCAAAGCUUGUGUCACGGCCUCGUAAGUAAAAUGAGGAUGGAUCACUUUCUGUUUCUAACUCUCAUUAUUCUACAGUUAUCAACAAAAUUUAUACCUUAAAUUCUCAUGAAAUAAAAGAUUUUUAUCUGACAA